GCCGGUGUGCCAGAGGGCAGAGCGUGAGCGCAGCGCCUCUCAGCGCUCGAGACUAGCGCCAUUCAUCAGAGCGGACCGCGGGCACACCUGGCUGGACCGAAGAGAACAGUUUAGCAGCUGAAACAGCUCCAAACAGCACCACAGUUAAUCACUUGAGGAAUGCGGUGCCAUUAGGACGAGAGCAGAGAGCUGAAAGUUCAUACCAACUUUAACUUUUUAAUUUUUUUUCCACUAACUUUACGGACAUAAAAGGGAUCAUGGCAACAGGCGGAUUUAAGUCAAACGCCACAACAGACUUUUUGGAGGAAUGGAAGGCAAAACGGGAGAAAAUGAGAGCCAAAAUGCUGGGGGACAUUGCCGCAGCGACUGGGGCUCCCUUGGCUGCCAGCAACACAAACAGCAGCAACAACAGUAGCCGCCACGCAGCUCCACCGGGCAACGAGCUCAGCAACAACCCGGACAGAACCGCCCCCACUGGGAACUGCCACCCGUCUCCCUGCUCGGUGGCUCGGUCCUCCUCCGGCUCCGCUCUAAAGAGACCCGAGGAGGAAACGCACCACCCAGCCCACCACCUCGCUGCCACCCCCGGUGGCAACCUGAAGAAGGCCCCGCCUCAGCAGAUGGAGAAGCCUCAGUGUGGAUCCCCAGACUCCAGCCCUAUGGCGUGCAAUGACAGUGACAAGGAGAGCCCAUCACCAUCCAGCAAAGUGAAGGAGAAGAGCAGCUCUGGUCCCAGUGCCAGGAAGGGCAAAGGGCAGAUCGAGAAGAGGAAGCUGAGGGAAAAGAGGAGAUCAACAGGUGUUGUCAGCAUACCAUCCAACGAGAGCCUGGACGAGCUGGAUGAUGAUGAGGCAGGGGAGAAGGAGCGGAGAGAGGAGGAGGAGCUGGUUCAAGCCAACACUUUCCAGAAUGAGGCCAUGACAGCUGACCCUGCCACAGGACACAUUCUGGAUACCCCCAGAUCUGGGAGUGGCCGCCACAAGAGCUCUGCAGGGCCAGGAUCUGAGGAAGAGGUGGGAGGGAACAGCAGACAACGACACAACCGUCACAGCAGAGAUGGAGGCGCUGGAGCAACAGGGAGUUUGGAGAAAAGGAUAGAGGAGCUGGAGAAGGAGCUGGCCAGAGAGCGCCAGGAGAACGCCCGGUUGUUGAAGGCCCACCAGGACAAAGACGACCUCAUCGGGAAGCUGAAGGAGGAAAUCGACUUGCUGAACAGAGACCUGGAUGACAUUGAAGACGAGAACGAGCAGCUCAAACAGGAGAACAAGACUCUGCUCAAAGUGGUCGGUCAGCUGACGAGGUAGAAGUGCACCCACCUGGACGCGACACUAACAAAACACAGAUGAACGGAGCAUCUCUUUCCUGUCCAUUGUCCUGACCUCCUGCCCUGGGUUGUCACCUUUUAUCUGUUUGAUUCUGUCUGUUUCUGUCAUUUUCUCAGUCUUUAAUACAUCCCCAGAGGAGGAUUUACUCCGUUUGUUGUGAGAGCUGAGCAAACUAGGGGCUUCUGUUUUCACUCUCAUGUGGACUCAGUCAUCAUAUCCAUAUUUAAUGUAAAUGUAUUGUACAUAAGCCAGCAAGAUUGUUAAUUUUUAGAUUUUUUUGAUAAGGUCUUUAAAAGCAAAAGUUAAAUGAAUGUAUGUGCAGCACAAACGAGCACACAAAGCCUUUUAAACUUGUUUAGAGGUUUGAAAAAUAUUUUUCUUUCACGUUAAACCCUUCUAGGUAAAUUAAAGAAAAGAAAAAUCCAGUGUUGCGGUGUUAGAGUUAUGUCUGAGAGCAGUUUAUUAAGUGGCGAAGCUUCUGUCGAGGAACACUUGGACCAAAUUAAAGUAGUUAUUUUACAUUACCAGCAGCCAAAGUGUGCAAUACAUGUGCAAUUUUAUGUGUCCAAAAAAAAGAGAAAGCCUGGUGCUUUAUCACAAAAGUAAUGCUUGGUUUAUUUUCUCCCUUAUUUCUUGGUACAUUUGCAACUCAUAAGGGCGUCUACAAACCUGGAUGGAGAAAAUUAUUUUCAAAAUAUUUCUGAUUUUUUCACCAUGCUUAAUGCAUUUCAGUGCUAACAUCUGAGUUUAACACUUGUCCUUGAUGAAAUGUUUCAGGGUGAAACCCUCGCCUAGUAUAUCCAGAUCCUAUUUUAAAAGCAUUUUUCUUCCUGUAAUUUGUUUACAAGUUAUCUCUUUGUGAUAUUUGAUGGAUGUUUUAGCUGCUCUUUUUAUGGCAUCUAAGAUGUGUGGAGUGAGCUACAGUGCAUUUUUUUGUAUGAUAACCAAAAUGAACUGAAGGAACAUAAUGUUUAAAAUGCAUCUCUCUUUGUUUACUUAAGGGAACAGGCUUAGCUGGUUAAUUUCUGUUUUUAUCUCACUGAUGAGUUGCGCACUGAGCUCCUCCUCUCUGCCGAUUAAUCUGUAGGUUUUAGACAGUAGAUAAUUCUGCUUCCUCAUACAUGCUCACAUUUUGGGGUAAAGAUCAUCCACUCGCUGGCAGACACCACAAACCCAUCUCUGUUUCCAUUACAUUAUGCAUGUACAGAAGAUUAAGACAUUUAAUAAAAGUUUGAUUAUCUCUCUCCUCA